AUUAAGCCGACACUCUCUAACUAAGUUUGGUCAAAUUUUAUGUGUGUAAGGCUUUGUUUGGUGUCCAGUUGAAUUGGAAUAGACAACCUAGUAUCUUAUUACAUUUAACGUACGCCGAAGUGAAAAAUGAAAACAUUGUGCUCAACUGGAAGGAGAAGAUAAAUUACUAAUUUUAAUAAAAAAAAUUAAAAAUUAAAAAAAAAAAAGGCCUUUACAAUUCCAUUUCUCCUAAAAAAGUAGAACUAAAAUGAUAAGUUUCCUUAAUGUCUAAUCCACCUCUCAAUUUUUUUUAAAUAAAAUCGAAUAUAAUGAGUUGUCCAUACUAAUCAUACAAAAUCUAAAUAUUUAUAUUUGUUAAUAUUCAUUCCAAACGAUGUCGAACAUAAAAUAGUACUUAAGAAAGUAAUUUGUAGCAAAUGUCGCAACUUGAAAUCGUUGUUAUCUCUUAUGGAUCAUGAAUCAUCCCCGAUCAUCGGCCACGUACACCCAGCUUGCAUGCAAAAACAGACGUUCUCAUCAGAUUUUUCUUUCUUAUUUUUCUUAUUGUUUUUAAAUGUGCAUUAAACUCAUGAGCUCGUCAGAAUGCUUUAUAAAAUGGACAAGUCCAUCACUUACUAAGACACACUCAAAGCUGUAACAAACAUGGCUACAUUUGCUUAUGCCACCGCCAUUGCUGCCUUCCUCAUCCUCCUUCCACUAUCUUGCUAUUCCGAAUCGAUAUUGGACCACCACCACGGCGACCGCUCCUCCUCCGUCCCGCAAUCUGAUGUUGAUCUUUUGGAGUUUCCUUUGAAUUUAGAGUAUUUGGAAGCUGAGUUCUUUUUGUAUGGUGCUUUCGGGCAUGGCUUGGAUACAGUUGAUCCGAGCUUAACCCUAGGAGGUCCAACUCCCAUUGGUGCUAAAAGGGCACAGUUAGACCACUUCACUAGGGAUGUCAUCGAGCAAUUUGGAUGGCAAGAAGUUGGACAUUUGAGAGCCAUUAAGAAAACAGUGAAGGGUUUCCCAAGGCCAUUGUUGAAUUUAAGUGCAGAAUCAUUUGCUCAUGUGUUUGAUUCUGCAUUUGGGAGUCCCUUAAAUCCACCAUUUGACCCUUAUGCCAAUUCAAUCAACUAUCUCCUUGCAUCCUAUUUGAUUCCUUAUGUUGGUCUCACUGGCUAUGUUGGUGCAAGCCCUAAGCUCCAAGGUGCUACUUCCAAAAGGCUAGUUGCAGGUCUUUUGGGCGUGGAAUCAGGCCAAGAUGCAGUGAUUCGAGCACUGCUAUACGAGCACGCAAACCUGAUAGUGAAACCGUAUGGUAUUACAGUGGCCGAGUUCACAAAUCGUCUUUCGGAUCUAAGGAAUAAGCUAGGACGCACAGGUUUGAAAGAUGAAGGCCUUGUGGUUCACGAAUACAUAGGCGCUGAGGGAAAAAUUAGCGGCAACAUUCUCGCCGGAGACAAGUACUCAGUUGCAUAUGACAGGACUCCAGAGGAGAUCUUAAGGAUCGUAUAUGGUAGCGGCGAUGAACGUGUCACUGGCGGUAUCUACCCUAAAGGAGCUGACGGCCGGAUUGCUAAAUCUUAUUUGAAGAAGGAAUAGAACAUGAACAAAUAG